UAUCUUUUCUGCUCUCAGUUCAUUACAGACACCAUCUGGCGAAUAAACUUUGGACCCGGAUAUUUUUUAUUAACAAACAUCUUUUUCGUUUUCCCAACGAAACUAUCUGGACACGAUGCUUUCCUGUUACCUUUUCCUCAUUAUUUCUUUGAUGAUCUCCUUCCGAGACGUCCGUGUGUCCGCCUCUGAUCCUAACUGCACAGAGUAUCCUGUGUUCACUCCACCUGCACUGGUAGUGAAGUACGGUGACCCAGCCAAUGUUACAUGUGAUGUAUGUCAGAAGGACUGCAGUGGAGAUGUUUUUGGUUUGGAGCACGCUGUGGGAAAAGUUACACAAAAUGGAACCACGAGGUUCUGGACGGUUGACAGCCUGACUGAAUGGGGCUUAUCUCUACAGUGCUAUCAUACCUAUAAUGCUGGUGAUCAGUGUACUAGCGUUCUGAAUCUAACUCUUUAUCAGUCUCCAGAAAGUGUCUCCAUCAGCUUUGUAAACCACACUGGGAUGAUGUUUGAGAAUCAGCAGUACACCCUGCAGUGUAGCGUACAGAACGUAGCUCCUGUUCAAAGCCUCACUGUGACCUUCUACAGAGGAAACACAGCACUGGGUCACCUACAGUCCAACCACAGUGAAGAGAAGAAACCAGUGAAUGAGACCUUCACUCUGAACAUCACCCCCAGUAGAGAAGAUGAUGGAGCCCAGUACUGGUGUGAAGCCAAGCUGGAGCUGGGACCAGCUGGACCACAGCGCCCUCCAGUGGUGACAUCAGAAAAACUCCCUGCUAUAGUUCACUAUGGGCCUGAGCUAAUGGAGCCACGAAAUCCAGAUGUGAUCACAAUCACAGAAGGAGACACUCUACACCUGAACUGCUCCUCUGUGGGAAACCCCAGCCCCUCAUACACCUGGACACUCCCAACAGAUAGUCCUUCCUACAGUGGCAGCGUUCUCACUAUCAAAUCUGCAGGCUUUGAGCAUAAAGGACAGUAUAUCUGCACUGUGAGCAACACAGUAGGGACAGUCACCAAGGAGUUUAACGUUGAUGUACAAGCUUCCCACUUGAAAUGGAUAAUAGUUGUGGUAUUGGCAGCUGUUCUGUUUGUCUUCAUACUUUGUGUGCUAUGUUUUCGUUCCUAUAAACGAACCCGAAAGGGAAGCUACAACCUAAAGGAUGUUUUAAGGUUCCCUAAGCGCACUGCCUUGCCUCUGCAAAACUGCGAGAAGGUCUGAACUGUGGACAAAAAGUCUGGAGCUGUUUCUUCGACAUUAGGUGCUGUCUAAUUCUUCAAGUGAACUUGCCAAGUUUGACAUCAUCCCGGUUUGAUUGAGGUAGUGGUUACCUCCCUCUACUGAUGACAUCUGAUGACACCAAACAACAAAAAUGACAGCAUGAAAUGAAGACUUUAAGUGACGUGACCGGUGACCUAAAUACUGAAUGGAAAAAAAAGCUCCUUCCUCUUUUUUCAAGCCUCUGCUUUUAAGGUACUGUAACACAGUCAGCAGCAGUUCUGCACUCACUUCCUGUAAAUAUGCUGCCUUAAAUCGCAGGUCUUGGGUUGUAGCUUUUAUGGAGUGAUCUCGAUAUUUCAUUGUAGUGAGUGUGGAAUUAAAAGUCCCUGUGUCGAUACAGACUGAAAACACAGGAUGUCACCAGCUUUUUCCUUGAACUGUUACACAGCCUGGAAUUUAGUAUUGUUGUCAUGGCAGCAGCUUACUGGCCUUUGUCUGUAUUUCUGCCACUACUUUGUUUUACAUCUUGCUUCUAGUCUCGAUUUUGACUGUUGACUGCUGAGAAAAUCGAGUUCUAUGAGAAUAUUUGAUGACUGUAAAAGUACAAACUCAAGACUAGCAGGACACUAACUUAAAGAUUCUGCACACAUUUAGUUUUUCAAUUUGCUUUGGAAAAUGUGAAAGUAAAUUAAUGUCAUCAAAUCCGUAUGCAAGCAGAGGGCUAAACAUGCACUAUCACUGCUAUGUGGAUGAACAUGCUGUUUAACUGUUUUAUUUUGUUUGUAUAAAAAUAAUUUAAAUUACUUUGUAUGUUUGUUUAGACAUGUGCUUUUUUUGUACUAAAGUCUAAAGGAGAAUUUCUGUUGCUUCCUUCAACGAGUGUAGUGGCUCUAAUUGUGUCAGGCGUUCUUUCCACUCCUGACCUCCACUAUAGAGAAUCAGAGGAGAAAUGUGAACCAUGCAGGUUGUCGGAUCUGCCAGCACGCUGCCUCAGACUUGCAGCUCCCAUCAUUUCCAGGAAUCUGGAAGAGGAGCGUGUUUCCACCAAAGCCCUGAAACCUUGUUCAGUGUAAAAGAUAAGUGGUCUCUGUGACACCACCCACUGGCUUGUGGGCUGAGGUUUUGAAGCCUCAGGUUUGACACCAUCUAAGACGUGUUAGGUGUCAUGUUUCUGACCUGUUAGCAACCCCCAUCUUUCAUAUAUUAUCUACGAUUCAAACAAACAGCUACUGACCUACCAACGGUUGCCACGUCCAUGUAUGUUUGUGUAUAUAGUAUGUGUGAUUGUUUAUUGUUAUAUUGUGGGUAUUAGUGAAAAAAGUUAAGCUGUAAUAAUACACUGCACACUGGAGCUUGUGUUUAUUUUGAAAAUGUAAAUAAAUUACAGAACCUUUUUUGAAAACAAAAAUAGAAACAUGUAUCCUGAUUUUUUCUGAUUUUAUUUAUCCUGUGGAAAAAUCUCACCUUGUCUAUUUGUCUAUAUUCAGUUCAAUUCAUUUUUAUUUAUUUAGCGCUAAAUCAUAAUAACGCAAGGUGCUUUAUAUUGUAAGGUGAAGACACUACAGAGAAAACCAAAACAAUUAGCACUUUGGCAACAGGGGGGUGGAAAACCUCAAUUUUAACAGGAGGAAAUCUCUGACAGAAGUAGACUCAGGGAGGGGAAGCCAUGUGCCGCAAAUGUUUGGAGCAGAGGGGAGGGAGACAGGACAAAAGACAGCCAGAGAGUAAUAAUAACUAAACAAUUCAAAUAAUUAAACUACUAAAAACAUUUUAAGUGGAGAGUGAAAAAAGGUGAGUGUGGAAGAAACACUCAGUGUCUUUUGGGAGCUGAUUCCACAGAAAAAGGGCCUGAAAGAUGAAGACUUGCCUCCCAUUUUACUUUUAAAUACUCUAGGAUCCACAAGUAAGCUUUGAGCACUAAGUGAUCUGGUAUAAUGAUGGGUUCUGGUUGUUCAAGAGCUUGUAUGUGAAAUAUAUCUGUAUGUAUAUCAAAGUCUGCCUGACAUGUUCUUUCACUGUGAAAACAAUAAACACAAA